UCCUCAUGAGUGUCGUUGCACGCCGAGCUUCAACUUCGCCCGACGGACGCACAAGCUGGCUACACUUCGCAACCCGCUCCCACCGCCUGCACGCGCUCCCAGCCUAACGACGUACCCUGCUUCCAUUAGCAAUAGCAUUAGAGUAUCAGUUCUCAGCCCACGCGCAUCUUCGCUACUGCUAAUUUCUCUACACGCGAUCGACACACGACAGAACUGCUAUUUAGCCCUGCGCCUCGCGGUCAUACUUUCCCAGUAUUUUUUCUCCUGCCUUCUCUCCCUCGUGCGCCUUCGUGCGCCCACCACGCGAGAGCAAGCUCAUUUGACGCGCCGUGGCCAUCACCAUGGGCAUGCACGUCCUCUCCUACCUAAAGCAGACGCUCAAGCGGAAGGACAAGGCGCGUGAUUCCGACUGGGACUUUGGCGCGCGCCAGUCCGACGCUCCGAUCCGACGCGACAGCUUUGCAGUGGCAAGGCGCAGACGUAGUACCUCUCUCGACCGUCAGCGAUGUCCACCUCCAAUCCAGCGCGCGGAAGAGCCGCAGCACCAGCACAAACGCAUUUCGGCCGCAGUUGGGGACGCAAGUGCUGGUACCUCUGUUGCGCGCGGAUCGCGCGGUAUCGUGCCUGCAGCCGAUUCCGAAGCACACGGCCCGCGCAGUGGGAGUCCAGAGGACGAUGUGCUUUUGGCUGCUGGCGAAUCUGCGAAAGAAAGCAGGAGCGCAGGGAAACCCAGCGAUUACCGACGGCGCGCACACUCCGUCGCGGUAAUGCGUGCUACAGAUCCAUUUGAGCGUCCUACUCUUCGACAUGCCUCCUCCGCGUUCACGCAGCGGGAUCUCAGUGCAUGCCCGUCGGCGGCCAGUCCUUCGCGGCACUUGGCCGCUUCACCUGCGCCGUCCGUGCAGUCCUUCCAUUCUCUUCAAGCGGGUCCGAGUGACACGAACCGGCGAGCGGCUCUUGCGGCGAAACGCUCAAUGCCGCAAUUGCAUAAUGUCUGGGAGACUUUCCUUGAGGAGGCCGCAGAAGAUGCUGACUCUUUUGAUUUCCCCAUGCCUCCUCACUCUCUACAUACGGCUAAGUCACCGACUAAGUACGCUACUGUUCAAGGUAGCCCGCACGCCAGUGGAAGCCACUACCCACGACACCACCACGCCCCAACGGCUUCUUCAUCCUCUACUACUCUACAGCCUCCAAGAGGCCUGCCGCGUACUCCCCAUCCUAAUGUACCCCAAAGCUAUCCGCCGUCCUCGAGCAAGGCGCGUCCGCGCGGACAUGUACGUACUUCGCACCAGGCGUCGUCUUCUACCUCCAGUUGUACUACAUCAAAUGCCGGAUCGACAAGCUCGAUGGCUGCGUUCUCAUCGGCAUCCUCAAUGACGACCGCGUUUGAGGGCUCCGAUGAUAACCAGCACGCGCGCGACGACCCUGCUGUUCCCCCUACCCCACAUACGAGCGCCGCUAAGAGCCCGAGGACUUUCAAAUUCGUCGAUCCCUCUUUAUUGCCUCAAGCACGGAAAGUGCCGUUGCAGGUUCAAGAUGUCCCGCGUGGUGUGUCGCCGACAUCCAGUACGUCGAGUGAUUCGUUAAGUAGCAACGCGGUUCCGUACUCGCAUUCUCUGUCGACGACUCCCACACCAUCCAGCGAUUGCCCCACGCCAUCACCGAGCCCGUCCAGAUGUGGUCCGCCUCCAAUGUCUCCCAGCAAACAUGCUGGUCGGCUUAGCCCGGACGUUUCAAGGACGAGCCGGCAAUACCGUCAAUCACCGGAAGCAGAAUUGCUGCUUGAACAUCCGCUCUCACCAGGGUCACCAAAGUCCGACAAAUCUUACCGGUACUCGAGUGCCACUGCGGGAUGUCGUGUAGAACGGGGGUUACGAUCACCGCUUGAGGUGUGUGAAGAGAGGAAGAGUUACGAGGAAGAUGUCUUGUCAGAAUUGGGAUACUACGGCACCAUGGCUUCGCGAGCCAAGAGUCCGCAGCAAUUUGCAGUCCACACGGUACCGGGUUCGCCUCCGCAGUCACCCUCAUCUCCCGCGAUGCCUGUUGUUCCACCUCUUCGCCGAAGCUCCCGACAGAAUCUGCGCGCUGUCGCCUCACGAUCUGUGCCUUCUGCUCACAUACUAUCAUUACCCCGCGCCAAAUCCGCUUCGAACAUUAAGCGUGAGUCGCAACCAGUACUCGAACGGCCACUUCUAUCUCCCAUGCGCUCUUCAAGUCUGCUUCGGUUGAAGAAAGCUGCAACUGAUGCGGUGAGUUCGGGCUCGAGUUCAGUUGCACCGGCGAAUCUCCGCACAACUCAGUCGAGACCCUUCACUCACGCGCGAUCGCAAACUUUACAGCAUGAUCAAUUGCAGUCAAUACGAGAUCCGAAUAUGACGGUUGGUAACAGCAAGUCAACUGAAGCUCUCGUGUCUGCGUCUUCUAGGUCAGGGCUAAUGGGUCGGAAACGUUCGGGUUCGGCGUCUGCAGUGUACACGCAAACACCGAAAACCACGCAGGCGCCCGUACGUCCGCCUCCAGCUCCACCACUGGAUUUGACACCCUCGCGUCUUCUACCGCCGAAAGUGGCAAAAGACUCGACUUCGGGUUCACCGCUUACACCCGCGAGCGCUGUACAAUGGGGUUACGCGCUUUAGUUCCGUGUGCCGAUCUGCUCAACUUUUUUGCGUACUUUGGUCUUCCGCGUAUGUGCAUAUUGGUGUCUUGGUAUUAUGAUCGGACACUUUCUUGCUCUGUGGACUGUUUGCCCUUCCCCUUGUCCUUCUGAUCCUCUCCUCAUUGCCGCUCAACUCCCCUGUCAUUUUGCUGUUUUGUUCCUCCAUCGACCACCUUUUCGCCUUUCAGUGUUUGGCUGUUCACUUUUCUCAUCUGAUUUCCUCACGACUCAUAACGUUAUAUUUGUAGCGGCAAUCACAUCUCCCAUCGCUUUCGGCAUAUCUUAUCAUCAACAUAUUUUUGUCAAGUUUCACUUCGCUUCUCAUCUCGUCUUUUCUUCCUUCUGUUUGCUUACUCGGAGCCGGUUUGAUCUUCAAACUCUGCGAACUUAUUAUCUCACUUCGCUCGCUCACACACCCACGCAGACUAUCCACUCUCGUUUGCGCCUCCUUUGUUACUUCAUUAUCUCUUCGACUUCGACCUUUGUUCGCCUCUUGACCGAGCUGAUCUGGCCAGCCAAUCAUCGGUCCCUCUUGGUACACCAUUCUGUUCUAUUCUAUUCUCAGGACAGGAAUCCUCCACCUUACCUUUCUCUUCGUCCGACAACACUCUUCCCUGUCCUCAACUUAUCUAUUCCAUUCUCCUCGGCUCAAAGCCAGAACUUAACCUCAAAACAUCCUUCAUUGGGCACAAGCACUCCAAAUUUUGUACAUUACACAUAAGUAGUCUCCUCUUCUCUUCAUUUCUUCCUAUGGCGUACGUUAUAUCCCGCAGGCGAGGCUAUCUUCUUUGGCUGGUACCUCACUAUUAUCUCCUAUUUCUUUCUUCUUCCCUUUU